AUGGCCUGGAAUGCGUGGCGGCCGCUGGGCACUCCCUCGAGGCAAUCCCAGAUUUCCAUGGAUCUUUUUGAUAAAUGGAGAAGUGAGCAGGACAUGUCCAUUGCAGAUCGUGGGAGUGAUGCAGAUCCCGCAAAGGAGGAGGAGCAUAAUUCCUUCAUGAUGCGCCAAAAUCUGAACGCGUACAUCUGUUACAAACAACUUGAUGAAUACACAUCUUGUCUAGCGAAGCACCAUAUUAUCGAACAUACCGACAGGGGGCAUGAGAUCAACACAAAGAACAACAUCAAUGAGAGGAAAUGCCGUGGCACACAUAAAGCCUAUGUGGCAUGUAUGGGCUCACAAAAGAACCAGGAGACCCUCUUGCAUAGUGCUGUAUUGCACAACAACUGUAGAGAGUUUCAUGCGGAACUGAUGUGUUGCUACGACAAAAACCGUGAAUUGGAGACGAAAACGUCAGAGCCACUGUGUAUUCCUUUCUAUCGCCGUUUGCUACGUUGUGGGCUGAAUCAUCUAUGGAAUGACUACUGGCGUGCCUUGACAAGGUUUGGUGAGGCGGAGGAGUUUCAUCUCUACGAGCUCUCGCGAGACGACAACAAAAAGCAGGAAUUUCUACGUGUAAUUACUUCGACGGUGGAGCAACAACAGGAGUACUUGAGAAACCGACGUGAGCAGGAAAAGGGAUAUUUUCUCCCACGCCCAGACAAGGAUGUUGAAAGCAGCGACGAGAAAAUGAAAGCGGCAGCGGCGGUGUUGGCACAAGAGCGACAAUGA